AUGCUGACGUUCCAGUCAAAAAAGCAUCGACUGCUCUCAUCGUAUUACGACGACGCGCGGGUUCUGACCGAGCAGACGCCCGGGUUUGCUCAGGAUAAGCUCAGUGAACACACAGACACGUUGGAACGGGUGCAGAGCGAGUUUGACAAUGUCAAGAAGGCCACGCGUGACACGACGAGCAAGUUUUAUCAGGACAACGUAACGCCGACGUUAAACCCGAUCUUGGAUCCAAUUUGGCCGAUGUGCACAAGGUCGCGAGCCCGCAAAUGGAAAAGUUCGUGCCGCUUCUGCAGAAAGUAG